CCACACACACACACACACCCUCAGUCGCAGAGGGCACACACACAUCCUCUCACACACACACCCACAGCUGUUGAGGCGUCUCUGUGAUAAACGCCGGGGAAGCCGAGGAGCACAGACUGCGGGAUUCUGGGAGAACCAAGGAGCCUCCGGUUUUGGACCUUCUGGUCGGACAGGCGCGCCGAUUGCAGCUCGGAUCUCACUUUCGGUCGUCCAUAUCCCGCUCUUUUUCUCUCUCUCUGCCCCCCCCCUCCCCCCCCACCUUUGCCCCGGCUCCUGCCUGGGACUCAGUGUUGGAAUCUGAGCGCAGACUGCAGGCAGCGGAGGAAAACAGAGACAUGUGUUUGGGCCCAGCUGCUCGCUACUACGGCCUGAAGCGUCCCAUUCACUGAGCGGGCAGCAGACACAAGGCGGGAGUCGUAGCGGCACCACGCAGCGAGCGAGCGAGGCGAAGCAGGCAUGAGCGCCCACGGCCACCAGGAGGUGGUGACCACGCCUCCCCCGCCGAGCGCCGGGGCAAAGGAGCGCUACUUCGACCGCGUCGACGUCAACGAUCCAGAGUACCUGAGGGCCAGGAACAUGUCACCCGACCUCCGGCAGGACUUUAACGUCCUGGAGCAGAAGAAGCGCGUCACGCAGAUCCUGCAGAGCCCUGCCUUCAAGGAGGAGUUGGAGAGUCUCAUCACGGAGCAGCAGCGGAUCGGGAACAACACCAGCGGCCUGCUGGCCCUCAGGCAGAUCGCUGACUUCUUCAUGUCGACCUCGGUGGGCGGCUUCAGCACCUCCCCGCUCAGUCUGGGGAUGGUCACUCCCAUCAACGACUUGUACGGAGUGGAAUCCACCACCAUGGUCAAAGGCGAGAAGCUGACGCGCUGUAAACUGGCCAGCACCUACAGACUGGUGGACCUGUUCAGCUGGGCCCACCUCUCCAACUCCUACAUCACGUGUCGAGUCAGCAAGGAGCAAGACCACAUCCUCAUCAUCCCCAGAGGGCUGUCAUUCGCUGAGGCAUCCGCAUCAAAUCUGUUGAAGGUCAACAUCCUCGGGGAUGUGAUGGAACAGGGCUCCACCAGCCUGAGGAUCGACCCGGCGGGUUUCAGCCCCCACGCCGCCAUCUACUCCAUGCGCCCGGACAUCCGGUGCAUCCUACAUGUGCAAACCCCCGCCAUGGCCGCUGUGUCAUCCAUGAAGUGCGGCAUCCUGCCCAUUUCCCAGGAGGCGUUGAUCCUGGGGGAGAUCGCCUACUACAGCUACCAGGGCAGCCUGGACGACCAGGAGGACCGCAAAGAGCUGCAGAAGGCCCUGGGGCCCACGGCCAAGGUUUUGGUGCUGAGGAAUCACGGUGUUGUUGCUCUCGGGGAGACCGUCGAAGAGGCCUUUACCUACAUGUACACCGCCCAAUAUGUCUGUGAAAUCCAGGUGAAGGCCAUGGCGUGUGCCGGCGGGGUGGACAACCUGAUAGUGCUGGACUCGGCCAAGUUGAAAUCACAAGUGCACACCGUUGCCAAGGACGGGUCUGUCAACAUGGGUGCCAGCCAGAAGUGGAAGUUUGGCGAGAUGGAGUUUGAGGCCCUGAUGAGGAUGCUGGAUAACCUGGGCUACAGGACGGGCUACACGCACAGGCACCCCAUCGUCCGGGAGAAGCCCCGGCACAAGAGCGACGUGGAGAUCCCCGCCACGGUCACGGCCUUCAUGCUGGAGGAGGACGGGGACUGCAGCGCCACGCGGAUGCCCUUCAAGUUCCUGCAGCAGCGGCAGCAGAGGGAGAAGACGCGCUGGCUCAACUCGCCCAACAGCUACACCAAGGUCAGCGUGGAGGGCGGAGAGGAGCGCUACAACAGCCGGACCACCACGUGGAUGAAGGCGGAGGAGACGGGAACCCCGAUCCGCAUCGAGGACCCCAAUCAGUUCGUCCCUCUCAACACGGACCCCACUGAGGUGCUGCAGAAGAGGAACAAAAUCCGAGAACAGAACCGCUUCGAUCUGAUGUCGUCAGGGCCGCGCUCUCAGCACCUGGCAGGAAUCCCCGUUGAUGAACCGCGACGGGAUUCGGGGCAGACAAAAGUUCUGCCGUACGUGCCCAGUGAGGAGGAGCAGAUGGCUCCCUUGCCUCCUAACCCCUUCAGUGAGCAGGCCGAGAGGGAGAUGCAGGAGUACUGCACCAACGUGGAGAGGAGACAUCUAAGCCCCGGUGAUGGAGAGCACGAGCUAACCUCUGACGACGGCUCCACUCUCUCUCAGUCUGUGUCUCUCACCCAGUCGCUGCAGAGCACUCCGGCUAAAGAAGACAACCACGCGGGCCUGAUGAACGGCAAAGACGGCCACGGCGCCGCCGACGAGGGGGAGCUGUGCCGGCGCGUCAGCCGGCUGACCACCAGCGCCGAGAGCGUGGAGGCGGCGGUGCGCGGCGGCGAGAAGAAGACCGAGGAGACGGCGCUGUAUCCCGAGAGCUCGCCCUCCAAGUCCCCCGGCGCCAAGAAGAAGAAGAAGUUCCGCACGCCGUCCUUCCUGAAGAAGAACAAGAAGAAAGAGAAGGCGGAGGCCUGAGAGGCGACAGGAAGAGCCUCCUCCUCCUCCUCGUGUGUUUCAUGUCUGUGUUUUUAUUUUGUCUUCGUCCGCCGCGUCCUUUUAUGUUGUUACCGUUUUAUCCAAAUCUCUAACAAAAGGUUUUCAUGUGCAAAAGGCAGAAGAACGGAUCAGAUGCAGAGAAAAAGAAAUUGGUUAUCAAGCAUAGCAACAAAAAAAAAAGAAGAGGUUUCUCCUGCUGGAAGAGGGGGGGGGCAUGUGGGGCCACAGCUUACAGCUGCAGCAGAUUUGGGGUGACUGGGGGGGGUUUUCACAGGGCUCCUGGAUGCCACUUGAGAAGCUUUAGAUCCUGAAUAACUGGCUCCUCUCUGCACGCUUCACGCUUCAAAGUCCGAUUUGAUCCGACGGCACCGGUGUCCUUAAACUGCUCAAAAUGAAACCCUUUGUUUUUAGGUUUUGUUUUUACAUCCGGGCCGCACGACUCCAAAGGGAAACCGAGAGGUCACAUGGCGCCUGGCGUCACACAGGAGAACCGGUCCCGGGAUUGAGAGCCAAGCGUUUGGCGUUGAUUGACAGGUUUUCUCUUUGGCUGAUUUCGGUUGAACUAGAACAGCGAAACUGGACAACGUAGUGAGGACGAAGGCUGGCGGUUUAUCACAAAUAGUUUAACGUAAUUGCAAAGACGCUGACUCGCUGAAAUGAUUUAUGUAGCAUUUUCACAUCUUCGUUGUUGUUGUUGUUGCCAAACUAAAAACCAAGAAGCAAUCUCAUCUCAGCAGAGCGUCCCCUCACUGUGUCCUUUGUCAUCUCAUGAAAUGUGAUCUUUUAUUUUUUUUAUUCAAUACAAAUUUGGUAUUAAUCCACGCUGUUUUGUACUCGUUUGUAAGCUUACAAAGAAUUGCAGGCGUCGAGCACGUUUUCUCUAAAGUGAAUUUAUAUGGCUGACUUUGUUCUUUAGUGAUGCCUGAAUGCAGAAAUCCUAUUUUAACAUGCAGAGUACACACAUUUACUUAUAACACAGAUAUAUGAAAACUGGAAAUGUUGGCUAUAGAUUUUUAACUAUAUAUAUUUUUUAUUUUAUUGUGCUGCACUUUUCUUGUGGUAAACAAACCAUUUCAGCUGCAAGUGGUUUCACCGCCGAAGGAGAUUGUGAAGUCACUUGAUAAAAGCAAAGCCAUGGAGUCUGAGAAGGUUCAGGACCCCGAAAGUGAGUCGAAUGAAGCAGGAAAGUCUUUCAUUGGAAUCGCACAUGAGAAAAUCAUCUCCACUCCUCUACAGAACAGGAAGUGUGGUGUCAGAGGAGCAGGUCCAAAUAUCUGCGGUCGCCAGCUGGAAUGAGUCACGGGUUGCGGAGCGGUGGCACAUUUCUAGUUUACUGUGUUUUGUUUUUAAAACAAUAUUCAAAUUAUUAUUAUUUUUUUUCAUUUCCUCCAUUAUUGUUUAUGAUGAGACAAAGGUUGCCGUUGGCGUCCGCCUGCUCGGGCUUCAAGGGCCCAAAAGAGAACGCUGUUGAAUCUCCCCAGUGACUGCAUCGACACCCUCAGGGUCCCUUCAUCUCUGUUCUCAGCUUCAUUCUCCCCUUAUUUCCUCCUGGAGGUCGUGUGUGUGUGUGUGUGUGUGUGUGUGUGUGUGUGUGUGUGUGUGUGUGUGUGUGUGUGUGUGUGUGUGUGUGUGUGUGUGUGUGUGUGUGUGUGUGUGUGUGUGUGUGUGUGUGUGUGUGUGUGUGUGUGUGUGUGUGUGUGUGUGUGUGCGCGCACCUCUUCACACACACACACAUAUUUUAAAUGAUGAUUUGAUCCCGGUACUCAUUGCAGCAUCUAAAGCUUCCCCUCUUGUAAUUUCUCCAGUAAAUACAAUCGUGUUGUAACUGUCUGAUGACCCACAGUUGAACCCUGCAAAGCCAAAGUGUAAUGGGUCCCCCCCCCCCCCCCCCCACCCCAUGGCAGUUUAACCAGAUAUACCAAUAUCCCAGCUAGCAAUGUGAAGUAUUGGAUUUGAGGGGGGGGGGGGGGGGGGGUUAGGGACACAUGUGUAAAAUGGCUAAAGAGCUGCUGAGGUCACACAGCUGAAGAAAGAUGGGAGGUUUGGAAAUGGAGGUGCAUUGAUAUAUACUUACAGUGUAUGUAUGCAUAUAUCAAUGUGUGUGUGUGUGUGUGGGGGGGGGGGGGGGGGGGGGACGACUCGACACUGACGCACCAUCUUUUCCUCAUUUCAUACAAUCUCUCCUCUUAUUUUCAUCCUCCAUGUUUACUGCAGUUCCCUUUUCUCCUUUUCUUUUAGUUUGCAUUGGGUGCCAGGCUUUUUUUAAUUCAUUUUUUUAAAUCAACCAUUUAUGAGCAAAUCGCUCCCAGGUGAACUGAAUGUGCAUUUGAUCCUUGUUAUUUUCUUCACAUUUGCUUUACAAAUGCUCUUUAUCCACCUUUUUCUGUAAAAAACAAAACAAGUUUAGCUUUGGCGUGCCAGAAUGAGCCGAGCUACUUUGUGACCUGUGAAAAUCUUCUAUAAAUGGUUAUCUAAUGGAGUUGCUUUUAGAUGUAUUGCUAAUCAGUGUAAAUUCACAAAUAAAGCUGUAUUUUAAGAAACGGAAGCUCAUCUUUCAUGUUUGUUCAUCACAAUUUGCGUCAUUCCUCAAAACAGUUUUUAAGUUUAACAUAAUCCAUCCGCACUCAUUUUCCCCUUUUUCCUCCCCUAAAGGUGGAGAAUUAAGCUGAAAUACAGUCACUGGGGCCUUAUUUGAAAUCUUCAUUCCAGAUGUUCCAAUAUCCGAGUUUAAAUGCACGCGUGAACCUUUCAAUCAGCAAAGUCGUGACUCAUUUAUGGCAAAGAUUGACUAAAUGCACUUAUGUGACAGUGAGGACAACGAUCCAAACGAGGCUCAAGAGUCGUGAAGAGCGAGCACAAUGACCCUUAACCCCCGUGAUAUCUGCAUGGCAAACAAACCCAGAGGAAGCGCUUUGUCCAAGAAGCUGUAUUUCAAAGAAUAUCCAUUCGGAAAGUACAGAGAAAAGCCCCCUUGAAUGUGGGAUGUAUUUUGUUUACAGUGUAAACUUGUGUAACCUGACAGCAUUCUUUAAAACGGUGGUUUUCCACUCGGUGUUGGGCCACAGAGAAAAAACAGAACAGACUUUGAUGCGUAAGGAUGAGUUUUUAAAGCGGCUGCUCCGCUGUCCUCCUCCGUGUGAGCAGGUGAGCUUUAGGUCUGCCGUUGCUCUGACGCGCCCCCAGAUGCCCUCUCAACAUUUAGCGUCCCACGUCGGCGCCAACCUGCCGCAGCCGGCCGCCACGAGGCGUCUGUGCUGCAGGGCGAGCACGGGCGCUCCAGGAUACUUUGUGUGCAUGUGAGCAGCCAGUGUGCCUUCACCGUAUUUACACCCUUGGAUGCAAAACAUAAAAUGCAAAUCAGGACGUUGUGUGCUAACGUUCCCGUGAGAGGUCAGAAGAUGUGGUGCAGAUGUGGAACUAGCUUCUAACCACUAACCUUCAAUGUCCUUACAGUGAACCUGUAUCACGUUGUUUCCCCACAUUUGUAUCGUAAUGAGCUCCUGUAAAUACUGUUUGUGACACAUCAGGGACAUGAGGUGAAGUCAUGAGGAUCCUUUCUGUUUUCAAGCAUUUGCACUCCUGUAAUCAUGUGCUGCCCUGAGUGAUUGUGUUACAGCACUUCCAUUUCGCAAUGUUCCUGAUAUGAACAAUAAAAAGCAUAUGACCAA